CAUUCUUGGAAAGCUCAAUGCACUCACAACGCUGGCGCUGGCACUGACAGUGGCUAACAGUGACAGCCUCGAAUCUCGUGUCUCAUUUCUCCGCUUAAUUAAGACCAGAUAGGCUAUACCUGAGGAUACAGGAGGACGAUUAACGAGAUUUAUAAUUGUGAUAAACUGUGAUAACGGACAAACCGAUAGUGAACAUGCCAGACAACAUUUCUUUCUCAGAGAGCAACAAGAGCUUUUUCAACAGGCAACUGAGCCAAACUUCGCAAGUCAGCGAAUCGCUAAGCACAAACAGCGAAAGAAAGGCGAUCUCUCAAAAAAGCAAAAAGAAACCAGACCCAAUCGAUGUUGCCCUCGAAAAUGAAGGCCUCUGCAGGAAGUUGAUGCCAAGGGAUGGCAACACAAUUUUCAGGGCAGUCUCUGACCAGCUGUAUGGAACUCAAGCGUACCAAAACGAGGUGAAGGAAAUCAUGCUCCUUUACUUUUACGAAAAGCACGAAGAGCUGCAACAGAUAAUCACAAACUACCAAAGCUGCAAUACCUUCAUAGAUUACAUCACACACAAAAUGGUUUGUGCUGUUGAAUGCUGCUUCAGAACUGGAGUCCACCUUUUUGAUGAGACGGGCAACGCAAUUUAUUACGAAAGCGCGUCUGCUAAAAUUGAGCCUAAAAAGAAGGUGAUCAAACUGGCCGUGGACAGGCAACUGUGCUGGGACAGUGUUUAUCCUAUUGACUACUUCAAGGUGCAAGGCAUUUGUCAAUCACUGCUGUACGAGGGGCUCUACGAGAACGUUUUCAAUUUGAAAAACGUCUUCUUUGCUGUUGAAACAAUGCUUGGAAAGCCAAAGAAGAACCUGCAGCAGGCCAGCAAAAUGAGCCCCAACAAGGAGACAAUGCUGUCCCUGCUGACCAAUAAGUUCAAAGACUCUGACCUGACGCUGGACCUGAAGGUGCUGAUCGACAUGGGAAUUCCUCCCUUCCCAUACAAGGUGGCCAAGAGUCUAAGCCCUUACGUCUACAGAAACACUGAGUAUGACGUCUGCGCCGCAAUCAAAGGAUCAAACAGCGAGAACAUGAGCAAGAACUUCCUUUUUGAAGGCUGCAAGUGCAUCAUUCAUAAGAGGAGCAACUACCGCUACUAUGGCUACGUGCAAAGGCUGUUUCCUGAGCUGGGAAAAGCAGUGGUGUUUGUGGAGCAGCUAGGAGAGCUGUGUGAGAUCUCAAUUGAGCUGAUUGAGCCUGUCAUCGCGACCAAGAAACCGUCCAGAAGAAGGAAAGGCAAAUUCAGCAGGAGAUACAGUUCUAUGGACAGGGAUGACCACAUAUCGGACGUGGAUGCUGAACUUGAUGAUGUCUUUGAAGAGGAUCCGCAUGAGCUGAUUUGUGAAGAGAAAUCCAACAAAAAGCAAAAGUUUGUGGAUGUCAUAGAAGCUGCUGCAGAGAUUACAGGUGCUGCUGUGUCGCACCUUCGUGAAGUUCCAGUGAUUCCAAAAGAGUCGGUGACAGAUGAGAUUUGCAAAGACGAAGUCAGUGUCGGCUCGGACUGUGGUGUGGAUGGCGUGACAAACUACCUGCUGACCAUGUAUGGUCCUUACAACCAGUCCGCAGUUCCGGGAUACCCGGGCCUGAUCAACAAGGCUGCCAUGCAGUCUUUUGAGUAUGAUGGUAGUGAUCUCAAUUUAUGUGAUAUAUCUACUCUCCGGUUCUUCUACAAUUUGGGCCAAAGGCAUUACCAAGCAGCCAUGUGUAACACCUUCCUGGAGCAGAACCUGGUGUGCCUAGCCGUGGUGGAGACUACUCCUGGCUAUCCCAGCAGCUCAAGCAGCUACUGCACACACUUGAGUGCUCCAUGCACAGUCAACGGCGUCAAAUACCCGCUCUGCGUGUACACAGGAGAGGUGAUGGUUGGAGCUGUCGCCCACCAUGACCAAGUUCCAGGCAUCAACAUGCCGACUGACCCAAGCAAGCCAAAACCUGCAGGGAACAUUCCUGACACGGAGAGCAUUGAGAAGAGUUUUGAGGACAUCUUGAAUGGUAAUCCUGCCUGCUUAAACCUGAUCAGCUGGGAAAAGUCUGGCGUGUGCAAAGCGUGUCUCUUGCACUAUUUCGGCAGGUACUUUGCCCACUACCCCAGGGCUUUCCCCUUUCCUGUGAACCUGUGCUGCCAGCCGUCCAUGUUUGAGGAUGGCUCCGACCUGCCAUAUGAUGACGUCCUCUCCCUCAGAUACUACUACAACCUAGGAAUCAGGAAUCACCAAGCUGCUGAACUGACCUUCCUGCACCAGAAGGGCAGCUUAACGCUGGACACGUUGUUCAGCAUAGAUGAAGUACCAGACAAGUUCAAAGUUGAGUGUUCCAUUCACUCAAAGUAUUGCGAGCAGGCCAGCGACGAGAACAAGCAUGUUUGCGCUACAUACAACAUGUACCGCAGUGCCUUGGAGCGCCAGUUUGUCAAUGUGAUUUUUGAGAGCAUUGGUCAGAAGCCAAUGUGAAUGCUUUGCCUUUUUUACCAAUAGUAUACCCAUUUUGUUUCUGAUUUUGCAUAAACUUGUGCACUCUAUUUAUUUUAACUUUGCUUCUAAAUGUUUUAGAAACUAAAACAUUACUUCAUUUUAUGAAAGAACUGAUAUUUUGUGAUUUGUUGUAUGCAUUGGAAAGCAAUUAUCUCUUGAUUGACUUCACAAGGAUUGAUCUAAAUUAAAGAAAGGUCUUUAGUAUGGUGCCUGAUAUAAUUGUGGUAUCAAUUAUUUCUCUCUUGUAUCAUUCAAUGGAAUUUUUGGUUUCAUUUGUGCCCCAAGAAACGUGGACUUGAUGUUGCGUUCAUGCAACUCGCCCCACAUUGAUGUCGCGCGGGUUGCGUUUGUUAAAUGUAAGGCAACCAAAUAAAACUAACGUUAUUGAAAUGUUAA